AAUUUUUUAUUUUAGUUAUUUAUGAGCGAAGCAAGCACAUUUCUUGAAAAGGCUCAAAAGAAAAGCAAACAGAAAGAACCCACUUAUGUUUAGGGAUUGCUCAAGAAACUAACAACUAUUAACAAAGUUUAAAAUAAAUAAAAGUAAAGUCAAUAGACAUUUCUAAGCAAAAGCUAGUAACAAAAUUUAUAAAAAAACUAAUAAAUGAGCAAUUAGAAUGAUUAAUUUAGCAGCAAUUUUUAAGAUAGCCCUAUAAGAAUCGAAGAUUAAAAUAUUAUAUAGAGACAUAAUAAAAACAAAAAUGAAUAGAUUAUACUAUAAAAUAAAGAUUAAUCAUAAAUUGAAGCAAUAAAAUUACCUUAAGAUUGCUAAAUUCCAUUAGAAUAUCUGAAAAAAGUUUAACAUUUGAUAGCUAAAUAUAAUAAAUUACACUAAAAUUCAAAGCUUUAAAAUACAAUUUUAGAAUAGAUGAUUUAAUAGAGACAGCCAUAAAGUGAUACAGUCAGUAAAUUUUUAUUUGAGAAGUAUUAAAAUGGGAAGAAUUUGCAGGAAUUGGAAAAGGACUAUCAGUCUAUUUAGAAAUUAGUUGAACUAUUAGAAAGAAAAAUUUUAGUAUUAGACAAGGCCUACUUGAAAAAGAGGUAGAACGAAGUACAAUAUAAAUUGAUUAUGCAAAAAUUAUAAGAAGAAAUUUAGUUGCUUUAAAAUAUUUGUGUUUAAAUGAUCAACAUGAGAAUAGCUUAAUUACAUCCAUUUUCUAGAGACUCUAGGAAAUAGACACUUUAGGACAGUAAACAAUUAGAAAAAGAUUCUGAUUCAAAUAAAAAUGGAAAUGAUAAAAGGAGUUACAGUGUUGAUGGAGAUUUAUAUGAAUCUUCAGAAGCUGCUUAGAAUAAUCUCAAGUAAUAACUCAAAAUAAAUUAGUCUUUUGAUAAAAAAGUAUAAUAGGACAAAUAAAAUUUUGUUAAUGAUUUAAGUGAAGCGGAAGGUGUCAUUUCAGAUAUUUUAAGUAUGUCAUAAAUAUCUUCUACAAAUUAUAAUAAAAAUUUUCAAAAAGAUGGUUAGUAGUAGUAGUAUUAAGAUUACUUUAAAAAAAAUUAAAAUGUUGAUUAGACUUUAGACGAGUUGAGUGAAAUUUAGCAAGAUAUUAAAGAUUCUUAAAAGGCUUUAAUGAGCUAAGAUAUUAAUGAAAGUAUUCAAAGCUAUUCUGUUAACAUUUAAGAAGUUUAAGAAAUACUAAAAGAUUGCUCAGAAAAAUUGAAGUAUUUAAAAGAAUCUAAUAUGUUAAAUAAUUAAUAAAUAGCAAAGAUUUUGAAUUAAGUUUUUUAUCAAUUUUUAAAACAAGAGGAGUUCUUAUCUCAAUAAGAAAAAGAAAAUAGUGAUGAAAAAUAGAUUAGAUCAUUGCCUAAUUUAGAAAAUUAAAGCAUGGAUAAUCAAGCAGAGGCUAUAAUAAAGGAGCAUAAUUUAUUAUAAUUAGAAAGCUGUUGCUAAAUUUAAGGACUAAAAAUAGAUGAUAUUUCACCUUUCUCUUAAAGAUUUUAUUAAGAAAUUUUAGAAAAACAUAAAUCUGAGCUUGAGUAGAAUUAGAAAUAGGAAAUUUAAAAUUUAUUGGAUAAAUAAGAUUAGUAAAAUAGGCUAUACUAGUAAUAAAUAAUUCAAUAAGAACAAUAAAUAAAUUAGUAAGAGUAAUAAAUAAUGCACCUUAAAGAGUAGUGUUAAAAAUUAGAAAGUCUAUUUAAUUAAGAGAAUUUAAAGUGCCAAGAAUUAAAAAAAAGUAUACUUGAAAUUAAGGAUUAGCAAAAAGAAAUUUUAAACAGGCCUUAGUAGGAUAUAAGGAAAGAUGAAAUGAAUCAAAAUGAUAUUUCUGAUGAUAAAGUUAAUACUAUAAAAAUGGAAGAAGAAAUCUAAAAAUAAGUUAGGAUAAGAGAGAAGGAAAUUGAUAAAAUGUAUUCUGCUUAACUUGAAGAAUAUAAAUUAUAAGUUUAAGAUGAUAAAUAAAAGGAGUUGGAAAAAAUAUAAAUUUAAUAAAAAAAAUAAAUAGAAUAGCUUGAAAAUAUAAUAAAAGAAUAAAAUAAUAAUCAUUAAAUAAUCUAAAAUAAAUUUAUAGAAGAAUAAAACAUAAAACAGUAAUUAGAAAUAAAUCUUAGAGAAGAAAAAUAAAUAGCUAUACAAAAUUUAAAAGAAGAGCAUAAAUUAUAAAUGGAAAAUCUGAUGAAACAUAUUAACUGCUUAAAUUAAGAACUUAAAAUUAAUCAAGAAAAAGUAAAAGAAUAAAUUUUACAUUCAGAAAAACAAGUAAAUUUAGAGAAAGAUAAAUUAAAAAAUUAAGAAAGUUUAAUAGAGCAAUAGCAAAACUAAAAUAUUUUGCAACAAUAAAAAAUUAAUUAAGUUAUUGAAGAAUAUAAAAUUUAGCUAAACUAAUUGAGAAAAGAAUUAGAAAGCUAACAAAUAUAAUAUGAUAAAUUAAAAAUAGAGCUGCAAAAUGAGUAAACUAAUUAUCUAAGAUAAACUGAAUAAUUUAAAUCCAAAACUGAGGAAUUAAAUUAAAAAAAUAAAAAUCUUUAAAUUGAGUUUGAACAAGAAUUGCAAAAUCAAAGAAAUAUUCAAUAAAAAUUACAUUAAGAAAAUGAGAAAUUAUAAAAAAUAAAUUCUUAAGAUUUAGAGAAUAUUGAAUUUUUAAAUUAAGAAAUUAAUUAAUUAAAGGAAAUCAAUGAAAAAAAUUAAAAUGAACUAAAGUCAGAAGUUAAAUAAUAUUCACAUAGGUGCUAGUCACUGUAAUAAAAUUUAAUAGAAUUACAAAAUAAUGAAAGUUUGUAUAAUGAGAAAAUAAAUUAACUUUAAUAGGAAAUAGAUGAUUUAAAUAUGAAAGCUAACUCUAGUAAAUUACAAGAAGAAUAGUUAAAAGAGCAAAUAAAUUUAAUAAAAUAAAAAUAUAGCAAAUUAUAGCAAGAGUUUGAUUAGUUGAAAUAAUUUAAUUAGUAGUAAAAAGAAAAAAUUGAAAAUUUAUAAAGAACUGCUGUAGAAUAAAUUCAAAUCAUACAAAGACUCAAAGAACAGGAGUGCGAAUAAAAGAUAAAAGAUAUAAUUACAGAAAAAGAAGAUUUAAUGAAAUAAACAGUAGAAAUUACAUCUAAAGAAAUAUAAAAGAAGAAUAAAUUAGAAAUAGAAAAACUUUUGGAAUAAUAAGAAAAUAAUAAAUAAUAAGAAAUAUAAAAAAUACUAAAAGAGCAUGAUCAAUAGAUUCGCUCUGUGUAGUAAAAAAUUGAAGAAUAAAAUAAAGAAGAUCUAAUUACUAAGUAAAAAUUAUAAUCUGAAUUAUCAAAAUGCAGUGAGUUUUAAAAGGAAAUUUUUAUUAAAGAUUAAAAAAUUGCAAGUGUUAUUUAAGAAAAGGAGUAAUUAUCAUUGAGUAUUAAGAAGCUUGAAAUUUAAAAUUAAAAACUUAAUGAUGAAAUUAUAUAAUAAAAGUAAACACAAAAACAUGAAAACGAAGAAUUAAGAUAAAAUACCAAUAAUAGAAUAAAUGAAUUAGAAAUUUUAAAUAAAGAUUUAAAUAAAAAAAUUUAAGAUUUUGUAGAAAUUUUAAAAGAUAAAGAACAAAAUAUUAAUAAUUUAAUUAAAGAGAAAGAAAUUGAAAUUUAAAAGAACAUUGAUUUUACAAAUUGCUAAAAUAUCCUAAAAUAAUCCUAAUAAGAAAAUGCUUAACUUUAAUAAUAGGUAGAAAAUAUAAAAUAACAAUUAUCUUAAUUGUAAUCAUAAAAUGCUUUACUUCAAUAAGAUGCAGAUAAUUUGAAAUAGAAUAUCACUAAAACUAAUAAAGACAAUUUGGACUAAAAAAAAUUGAUAGAGUCACUUUAAGAAUAAAUUAAAACAGCAGACUAAUAAAAAAGUUAACAUCUAAGAUAAAUAGACUUAUAGCAAAAGGCUUUAGUUUAAAGUGAAAAAGAGAUAGUUAACCAGAAAAUGAUUGUAAAUGAACUCAAAUCAUAGAUAUAAGAUUAGGAAAAUAAAAAGCUAGCUCUUUUAAAAUAAUUAGAAAACGAGCAUAAAACUAUGAUAGAUUAGCAAAAUGAUGCAUCAAAUCAAAAGAAAAUUAUAUCAGAAUUAAAACAAUAGAUUAGUACUUUAGAAAAUUAGAACUAGCAAUUAUAAAAAUAAAUAGGAGAAGAUUGUACUCUGUAAAGUGAUAUAAUUAUUUUUCUUAAAGAUAAAUCUAAUUAAUUGAUUGAAACAGAAAAUAAGUUUAAUCACAAAAUAAUUGAUUCUAUAAAUACUUUCUACACACUUAUUGAAGGGUUAAUAUAAGAAAAUAAGAAUAAAAUUGAAAAGUUAACUAGUAUUGAACAGAAAUAAGAUAAUUUAUUUUCAAUUGAUUAUAAUUAGCUUUUUAGAAAACUCGAUACAAUCUAAUCAGAAACAUUUAAACUCAAAAAGAAAGUUAUAGAAUUCUCCAAAUAAAUAGAUAACUAAAAAGAUCAGUUAUUAGAUUCAAAUAUCUAGCAAGCUGUUUAGAAAAAUUUGCAAAUUAAAGAUUUUAAAUCAUACUUUGAAAGGUUGCAAAAAUUAGUAGAAAAUGAAGAAAAUCUUAAUAAAAAAUACUUCAAAGAAAUAACAGAUGAGUAACAAGAAUUGUGUUUAAAGCUAAUGCAAUUGUAGCAUGAUAUUGAACUAGAAGUUUUCAAGAUCUAAAAUCAAACUCUUGAGAAAGUGGAUAAAGUUUAAAAAAAAAUCUUUAUUGGAGGAAUUCCUGAUUAAUCUUAAUUUGAAAAUUUAAAUCAAAACUUAAAUUAGAUUUUUAGUAAGUUCGAAAACGAUUUUAAGCAAGUAACAACCCAAGCUUAGGGAACAUAUUGGGACUAUGGAAAAGAAAACAGAUUAUUAGAAAGGAAACUUAUUGAUAUCUAUGAAGAAGUUAAGAAAAUGAGAGAAGGAUAAUUUUCUAUGAAAAUGCAAUUAAGAAAAAAAGAAAUGCAAGACCUUGAUAGCUUUAACUAAAUAUCUAAGAAUUUAGUUAACUAACUUAAUAAAUUUUAAACUAUCAUCGAAGGACUCCAUGUAACACAAUUUAGUCCAGUUAGGUCUUCUUACAAUGUUGACUUGUUUAAUUAGAAUAGCGAUGGAGAUGUUGUAAGAUCAUCAUCAAAUCCAUUUAUUAAAAAUGGAAAUCAGAUUAAUCUCUUUGGAUCAAGAAAGAGCUAAAUUUUAUAACAGAAGUUCGAAAAAGUUGAUGAAAAACAGGAAAAUGAAGAAAAUGCAAUAUCAGAAAUUGAGGAUGAUGAUGAAGAUUUCAAAAAAUUCUAAGAAAAUUUAAUUGAGGAUUCAGACUAGAGUCAAAUUUAAAGUAAAGAAAUUACAAGUUUACAGAACUUGAGUACUUUACAAUCACCUUAAAAAAAGUAAGAUGAUAAAAGAGUAUCAUCAGCAUCUGCUAUAGCUCUAGCUUUUUAGAAUGAAGGAGGAACUUCAUCUAAUACUUCCCUUGGUAAGAUAUCUCCACUCAGGGAGUCUAUGACUAAUUUUGAUGGGAUGAGGUAAAGCGUCAGUCGUAUUGAGAAUGAGGAUUAAAGAAAUAUAAGAUUUAUUUUGGAAGAACUUAAAAAAAUAAAACAAAAUGUAGAAAAAGUUGUCAAUAGUUUAUUAUAAUACAAUUUUGAAGAAAUCAAAAUUAAAACUCUUAAAUAAACCAUAGAAACGUUAGAAACGGAAUUGACAGAGUAUAAAAAUUAUUAUUAAUAAAGUGUAGGAUAUAUCCAAGGAGUAUUUGAUGAGCUCUAACAAAUAGGAGAUCCAGUUUAUUAAUUUUCACAAAUGAAUACCAUUUUUAAAAAAUGUUGCACAGAUUUACAAGAGUUCUAUAAAAAAUAAAUACAAUCUCAAGAUUGUGCUGAAUAAAACCAGGUAAUUGAAGUCAUAUAAUAAGUUAAGUAGCUUGGUCUUAUAGUGAAUAAUAAUAUAAAAAAAUAAAUAUAAGAAAUAGCCAAAUGA